UCAGUGUUUUCGCGAUAUCGCAGUGCACGUUAUGAUUUGAACCGGUCUUAUAGUUUUGCAAUAAUCAAUGUGAUUAUUACUUACUGGAUUUGCAAGAGGUUUGAAGGUAUUUCAUGUACACAGUCAGCAAAGCCUUUACACUUAUAUGCAAAAAACGAAAAUGAGAAUUUUUAAACGACGAUGUUCCGAUCCGAACCCUCAAUUAGAAAGUUUAUCCACGCUUUCAGAAAUUGAUGGUAACCUGACAAUAACCUCUCGUGUUCCAAGUUCUGAAAACUUUCUAGAAGCUAAAAAAUCAAAUCUUUCCGGUUGGGGAAAAACUUGGGAAAAGCUGAAACGUGGUGACUCUUCAGAACAGUUACGAACAGAUAAAAGUAAAAAGCGAAGUUGGGCCUCUUUAAAGAAAGAAAAUGAAGAUACAAAAAGUGUCCAUAAGGAUGCAUAUAAAUCAGAUCUACAGUUGUCUCAAACUGAUUUAAGAAAAAUUUAUGAUAUGUAUAGAAGUAUGAAUGAUAGUUGUAGUAGACCCGAUAAAACAUUGAAGACUGGAAGAAAAGCUAAGUGUACAUCAGAAAAUUUGGAAUUAAGUCAACAACAGCUGUUAGACUAUUUAAUAAUGAUGAAGCCGAAUAACCAAGAACUUGAUAAAAUUUUCAGUGAAAUAUCAAAUGAUUCAAAAGAUAAUUCUGGAAGAUUGAGUAUUUUAACGGAAGAGAAAAAAAGCAAAUCUAAAUUUAGGUCAUUAUUUUCUCGAUCGAGUAAAUCAGAUGAUGAGUCAGACCUUAGAUUACAUCCUAAAAAUUCGUCAACCGAUAGUCUAACAAGUCUAAUCAAUUUUAUAAUGCCCAGAAGGUCUACUUCCAAUAUUUCACCCAAUUUGCCACAUAAAUUUAAAUCUGACGAAAGUGGAUAUGGAAGCGAUUCAACUAAAGCGACUAGUAUUGAUUCUCCAAUUGGAUCCAUUAAGUCACAAAUAAGUAACGUAUCAAACGAUGAAACAAAUGCUCAACAUAAAGAAAACGUAACUACUAGCGAUUUUUAUAACGACGAUACAGACACAGCCGAAGAAGGAGACAAUGACAGAACUCUUACAAAUUGGUGUCGAGGUACUUCUAAAAAACGUUCCAGAUCUCGCAGCGAUGAUAACGACUCAUUUUCGAAGAAGAAAAGUUUAAAAUUGAAAAGGUCACCCUCAAAAAAAGAACAAUUUAGGGCGCCCGCUGAAGACUUAAGUCAAAAUUGUUGCCAUAAAUUAGACGGACUGAAAUUAAACGAAGAGAAAAUAGAAGAAAAGAAAAGUAAAAUUAAAAAUCAAACUUCAAAGAUUCCUGAAAAAGAAUUUAAAUGCGUGAAAUUGAAAAUAUCAAAAGGUGAAUUCGUUGGUAUUAAAAUUGGACCGAAUUACGGAUGGGGCUCGACAAUUAAUUAUAUUAUUACAGACAUAAUACCGCAUUCAGCUGCAUAUAGGACCGGCAAUUUCAAAGUGGGUGACGAAGUGGUGAGUCUAAAUGGAACCAGGAUUAAGGGUUGUCCACUAAGUAUAGCCAAAAGUUAUUUGGAACCAGAAAAUGGAGAACUGAAAGUUAUGAUAGCACGAAUACCAUCAGAAUCUCCUACUAAACCAACUAAAAGACGAAAUUCGUUUCUGCGAGAUAACACAUCGACUUUAAAACUUCCUCUGUUUAGUCCGAGGAAAGAAAUAUUUAGUCCUAGAAAAGAAAUAAAUUGCCCCAAAAAAGAAGAAUUUAAUCCGAAAAAGGAUACAUUUAGCUUGAAGAGGAAUUUACUUAGCCCCAAAAAGGACGCACCUAACUCUAAAAAUGGAACAGCUAACCCUAAAAAGGAAUUAAUCGUCACUAAAAAGGAAAUAUUUAGCCCUAAAAAAGACAUUUUUAGCCCUAAAAAGGAAAAUGCCCCUCUCAAAAUACGUAAAUACAGUUUGGCAUCCAGUGUCUCAAAUAUCGACAGAAACAGAUACGUUGGACUCUCUGACAUUUUAUCAAUAAAAAAUGGAAAUGAAUUGGAAAGUAAAGUGACCUUUAGUGAAGAUCCACAUACUUUAAAAAAAGAUGAUAUAAAUUUAUUUAAGAAACCAGAGGCUGCUAAAACUUAUGUUACGAGUCCCAAGGCUAUUACGGGAAUGAGAAAAUUUUCGUAUUCAUCUGAUAUUUGCAUAAAAUCAUCUAGUGGAUUAUCUGGGCUGCGAAGUCGAAAUGAAAAUAGUGGUGUACAAAAGAAGAAAGUGGUUUUCCACAAAGGACCAGGUUGCAAAUCUCUUGGCUUUUCCAUAGUUGGGGGCAAAGAUUCACCAAGAGGUCCUAUAGGGAUUUAUGUUAAAACGAUAUUUCAACAAGGACAGGCUGCUGAAUCUGGGAUAAUGAAGGAAGGGGAUGAAAUAAUUUCGAUAAAUGGUACCCCCUUCAAAGGAUUGUCCCAUCACGAAGCCGUGUCGCUUUUCAAAAAUAUUAAAUGCGGGGAAGUUAUAAUGGAGAUUGUUUGUCGCCCGCACUUCAAAUUAUAUUCCAGUUCUGUGUGAAUCUGUAUAAAUUUAUGUCCAAAUUUAGUCCAUGUUGGUGCCAUAAUUAAUGAUUUUAAAUGGACAAAAAUUUAAAAUAAGUUAAUGUUUACCUACUAUGGAAUGGUUAAUAAUAAUAACUAUUCUUCUUAUAAUUAAUAGAAUCAUGAAAUAAUUUAAUAUCCGUUUUAAUUAAUUUCUAGUAAAAGCUAUUCUUUGCGUAGACAUUAACUUAUUUUAAAUUCCUAAAAAACAAUGUGUUCAGUAAUUUAACCUCAUUAUUUUUUGUCUAGGAACAGAUGAUUUGAUGUAAUUUGUUGGUUUAUGUUAAACAUUAACAAAAAUAUCGAACUCCUUAUGAGUAAAUAAUAAUUAUAAGGAUACCGGAUUAAAGAAAGUGCUGCCAAUAUUAGCCUCUCUUUAUUUUUAAUCCUGCUCGAUUACCGCUAACUUUAAUAACUAUUUGGAUAUCCUAGGCACAAAUAUCUUGUUGCAUAGUUCAAUAUUUAGUAGACUUGCAUCUAAACGCACGGUAUAUUAUUUGACAGUAAUUAAUUAUUUUAAUAAUUAAUUAAUGUAAUUUAAUUAUCCUCAAAUUUAGUUGGAUACUGUGGUUAUUGUUUACAAUGAGCAGUUAACCCAUUGUUAAUAUAUUCACUGUAAUCAGUAGGUAAACCAGAUGUCCUCUUCUUAAUUUUUUUCAUUUUUGAUUUUGCUGUAACAGUAAGGGUCUAAUUUUUAUUUUUAAUUUUACAAACGGGAUAAACAUUUGAUUUGACUGAUUUGAUGUAGAGUUUUAUUAAGGUUAUUAGUUAAUAGAAAUAUUAUCAAAUAGAAUUAACUGUAACGACGUAAUGUAUAAAUGUUAUUUUUUGUAACACUGAUUGCAGCAGCUUUACUAGAUUAAGAAUGUUGGUAUUCACAUGUGUACAUAUGUAUCUGUAGUGUAAUUACGUGUUUCUGUUUACAAUAUAUAUAUAACUUAAAAAAAAAGAAAAUCGUGCAAUGGUACCUAUAUAUUUAUUUUGUAAAAAUAUUUCACUAAUGAACAUACCAGAAAAAUCUGCUGUUGUUUCAUAUUUAUAUUUGAGUAACUAUCUUGUUUUGUAAUAGUUUGAAACUCUGCAUUAAUUCCUAAAACUUUAAUAUCCACUACUGACCAGAUAUUUUGAUGUAUCAAAAUUGUGUUUCAGUUUAACUUAGUUACAUUAAAAGGAUGGAUAUUUGUGGGAGGCAUUGAAAUUAAUUCCCAAUUUCUAAAAUAGAUUUACAGUUAAUUUAAUAAAAGUUUAAUUCGUCCCUCUAAUUUGUGAAGUGUGCUCAGUUUGGUUUAUAUCACUUGCACUGUUUAGUAUAGUAGAGAUAUGAUUUCUGUUAGUUUGUUGGGUGCAUUAUAAGUAGUAAUUAUUGUAUUUAAUAUUGUGUCUAUGUGUUAUUUUUGUAUUUUUGUAA